AUGAUCGACUUAAGCUUCCUGACGGAGGAGGAGCAGGAGGCCAUCAUGAAGGUUCUGCAGCGAGAUGCCGCCCUGAAGAGGGCUGAAGAGGAGAGAGUCAGACAUUUGCCUGAAAAAGUUAAGGAUGACCAGCAACUGAAGAAUAUGAGUGGCCAGUGGUUUUAUGAAGCCAAGGCAAAAAGACACAGAGACAGAAUCCAUGGUGCAGAUAUCAUCAGAGCAUCCAUGAGGAAGAAGAGGCCCCAGGUAGCAGAUGAGCAGAGUAAGGACAGAGCAAACAGGGCAAAGGAAAGCUGGGUGAAUAACGUCCACAAGGAUGCUUUCCUCCCCCCAGAGCUAACCGGUGUUGUAGAAGAGCCAGAAGAUGUAGCCCCAGCAAGCCCAAGUUCCAGCAUGGUAAAUCCAGCGUCCACCAUGAUUGAUCCAUCCCAGGAAAACACAAGGAAGUCAGGUGUAUCUACAGCCAAGCAAAGGAAGAAUCCAUUUGAUAGCUCCAUGUUGCCAGAAGAUCACUUAUCUCAACAAACCGAAAAUGAGCAGUCAAAAAAUGGAAAGACUGGUUUCUUUCAGACUUCAAAAGAGGGGGAGUUGUCAGAGUCCAAAGAAGAGUCAUCUAUCCUGGAUAAUUCAAGCCAAAAGUUAGAAAAACCAAAGCAGACGGUUCCAGGUCCUGAGAAUGGGUCCCCAGUCAAGGCUCCAGUCCCCAAAGCCAGGAAAAUGAUCUACAAGUCCCAGAACUUAAUGCAAGAUGAUAACCAGCCUUUUCCUAGACGAAGGACAGACUCCCUGAACACAAGAGGGGCCCCCAGAGGGAUCCUGAAACGCAAUUCCAGUUCCAGUAGCACAGACUCAGAAACUGUGCGUUUUCAUCACAACUUUGAACCCAAAAGCAAAAUUGUAUCCCCGGGCCUAACCAUCCAUGAGAGAAUUUCUGAGAAGGAACAUUCUUUAGAAGAUGACUCCCGCUCAGACUCGCUGGAGCCAUUAAAGCAUGUGAGAUUCUCUGCCGUGAAGGAUGAACUGCCACAGAGUCCAGGGCUGGUCCACGGCCGAGAAGUGGGAGAAUUUAGCGUUUUAGAGUCCGAUAGGUUGAAGAAUGGAACAGAAGAUGCAGGGCUCCCAGAUGAGGUUUGGAAUGACCCUCAGCCUUCCCAGUACACAAACGGUUUGCCUUUUCAGUCAUCAGCCUCAAGCCCAAGUCCAUCAAAAAAUGAAACAAGUCAGCCAACGACUUCUGGUUCCUUUCCAAUUAAUGAGCACCGUUCUUCCAAAGAAGUUUUAACUACAAGAGCACAGUCCACUGAGAAUUCACAUACCAUCAAUGAACACAAAACUAGCUCAUCAGAAUUAUCCAAAAACCCUGCUGAUGAACUGUCUUGCACUGAGCCCGAGUCAUCUCAGGUGCCAGACUGCAGUUCUAGAGACCAUCAGCAAGGUAAGCCCCCUCUACUCCAGGCCCUAAGAGCUAAGACAUCCUCACAUUCUGGUCCAUAUGCCACUGAGAUAAGGAAGACAACUGAUGAUUCCAUAUCUAAAGUCCUAGACUGGUUUAACCGAAGCUCUCAUUCAGAUGACAGUGUGGCAUCUCUGCAAUAUCCCCAAGAAAUACAGCCCAAAGAAAAACCAGACUCCAAGCCACAGAUUGCUGUUGCCUUGGUGACAGAUGACAUCAGUCAAGAAGGAAAUGGUUUGAUUGCUCUACUACCCACCAAAGUUGAAUUGACCCCUGUGGGACCUGAUUCAGCAUUCCAGGUAGAGGAACAUAUGCUGCCUUCUGGAAACUGCCAAGAUAACAAUGUGCACAUCAAAUCCAGAUCUAUUAAUUUGUCCCCACAAGGCAAGGAAAGUCCGGGCAUGUUGCAACCAUUUGAAAUCUACAGUCCAAAUCAAGAAAGGAAAACAAAAGACUAUAGCCAAAGUUCAAAAAACACAGGGAAAGCAGUUGGGGUACUUCUUCCAGCCAAUAACUGUUCCUGUAGUAUUCACAAAGGAUCUCAUGCAGAAGACCAAGUUCCAUGCAAUAUUAAGGAUGCUGGCAGCUUAGGUGAAGAAGAACCCAAGCUUCGUGUUUAUGAAAAAAAUACAAGAAAGUCAGAAGUAAAUUUUGACUCUUCCACAAUUAUCCAAGAGCCGAGUUUGAAAGCCCACGUAAAGGCAGAGAGCGAGAGCAAAGGAAGAGAUACUUCCAUCCUAAAAUCUUCUUUAGAACCAGAGAAUAUUGAGUCACCACUUGGGGCUGCCAACAGCGUAUCUCCUUGGAAGAAGGUUGAGGUCCAGUUACCAGAAGCUGGUGAGGUUCCCCAGAACCGAGUACAAAGAGAGAAGUACAAGAGAGUGAGUGACAGAAUAUCCUUUUGGGAAAGUACAAAAGCUGCCGUUCAUAAAGAACCCCCAUCUCCAUUCAGUCAGGAACGACCUUCUGCUAAAGCAUGUCAGCCUGUGACGUCCGUGGACAGUUUACCUAUGGGCCGUGGUAAAUGUAAUACUCAAGUCACUGCCAAACAAGUAAUCCUAGAUAACGAUGGCCAAGCAGCCCACGUCUCCAGUUUUUAUUCCUCAAAGAAACCUAAAGAGACUAGGCCCCAAAUAUCAGGUCCAUCCAAAAAGGAUCCUUCAGCUGACCAGUCAGGCACAGUGUCUCUCUUUCAGAAUAAGACAACUGAGCCUGUAAAAAGAUUACCAGUGACAGACAGUUUGCAUUCUGAAAAGGACAUUACUUUCCCACCAUUGCAUCAUCCUUCAAAUGUUGGGAUUGAAAUGCAUACCUCUUUGGAGAAAGACAGAUCUCUAAUUGGUGAAUGGAAUCCCAACUUUAAAGUUAGGUCCUUACAAGAAAGAAUGAAUGAACCCAAUACAGAACAAGUCUAUAAUCACUCUCAAUUUGAGAAUUUGAGAAGGUUUUGGGACUUAGGCGCCAAUCCCGACCAUCAAGAUAAUAUCGAGAAGAAUACUACCACAACAAGCCAAAAAAAUUCUGUGCUUUUUAAUAGCCAGAAACACAAAGGAUUCAGUGACGUGACAUCGUCAGGAAACUGUACCCAUGAGAGAGAGAUGCUUCUAAGCCAGAAAGAAAUCCCUGCAAGAGAGGAAACGGAGGAAUUAAAUUCAAAGGGCACACUCCAGGUGUUGCCAGAUGACACCACAUUUCCAUGGAGACCACCCAGAAAGUCCACUCAUCAGCUGCCAAGAUAUGAGUCAUCAAAGGAAAACAUGGGGAAAAAUACUGAAUGCUUCGUUACCCCGGUGUUCAAGGAAGAAAACGAUGACUCUGACCAAGAGCUCAAAGAGAUUCAAGAAUCCACAGUGAAAACAAGUGUUUCAUCUAAAGACUACAAAGACACACUUAAUGACAGCUUACAGAAGCUGCUUUCCGAAGCCUCAUCGCCAGUCCUCCCGCCUUCUGGUGGAAAAGUUCAUGCGAAACAAGUGUUUGAACCAGAUGUUUCUGAAAAUAGGACAUGGCCUCAGGAGAGAGAUUUUGUUGAUCCUGAGGAAGAAGCCAAAAGGCCUAAAGAGAUCAGUAAUGAGCAUAUAGACAAAACAGUAGCUCCUCCAAAGGCCUAUUUGAACACUUUGACUGCUAGUCUGGACAAACUCCUGAAGGAAGCAACCGGAAGCCCACCCUCUCCCUUGCAAACCAACUGUGAACCCACCACCACUGGGGUCAGCUCAGAGUCUGAAGAGAGUAGCGGUGAUGAAAACAGGAUAGAGCCGAGUCAGAACACAUCAGCUGAUGAGAGAGAGAAAAUGGCUUCUUCUCCAGAGGGGACAGAAACUUGGGGGAAUAGUGCUCUCUCUCAGGAAGCUCAAAGUGGUGAGUGCCAGCUGAACCCAGAGAACUUGUUGCAGGCAGCUGCAGAAGGCUCUCAUCCCCUGGAUCCACCUUCCUGUUGCCACAGAAAGGGUUCUUCCGGGGAUGUGGUCCACUCUCCCCAAGAUAUGCCUUCUCCCAGGGAUGCCCAUUCUUCUCCUCAGGAUAAGACACUGCUUUCUCAAAGGGAAGUUUCAGAGACUAUAGGAAAAGUUAUUCUUCCACCCAGACCUGCACUGAAUGAUGUAAAAGCUAUAUUACAAAAGCCACUUAGAAAAGCUUGGUUGAGUGAUCCAGCAGGGCUGGAAGUAGUUUCUGGAGAAGUAAAAAUAGAAUUUCCUAAAGGUGUACAGGUAGAAAGUAGUGCCUCCAAUUCUCUGGGAGUUAUCCCACAGACAACGGUGGACAGCACAGCUUCAGACAGAAAGGAUUUUUAUUCCUCCACUGUAGUUUCUGAUGAAACUCAUAAAAUGGGAUCUUAUUUAGCUGCCCAGAUGUCUCCAUCAGACCAAACCCUUAGCUCAUUUGCUUCUACUCUUGCUCAGUAUGGCAAAGAGUUACCUGAGGAAGUGACAGAAAUUGUGAGGGAAAUGACUAUUCAGCCUAAAUCAGAGCCCCUUGAAUUCAGUGUUGCCUUAGAAAAACUACUAAAGGAAACAACUGAAACCCCUUGCACAAAAUAUGACAGUGAUACAAGGGAUCUUUAGUCGUCAGAGUUAGUAGGUAUUACUGAGGUGCCCAGGCAAGCUGCUUCUGAAUUCCAUCCUAAGAAAAUAAAAGAAACAGUAGAAAAGUCUGAGGCUCCAUCAACUACUGAGAGUGCUUUUGAUAUUGGUUUGGAGAGACUCCUUAAAGAAAUAUCUAACAGUCCUUCUUAUCAGCCCCAAGUGUCAGUGAAGGAAGAAUAUCCUGAGGAGGAGCCAUUAGAGGCAAAGCAGGCCAGGUGUUGGGGGAGAGUGCCCCCUUUUCACUGGUCAGUCUCAGGGGCCUUGUAAAUCAAACAUAAGAGUAAUGUAUUCAAAUCUCAAGUCAACCAACGUGAUAGAGUGUUGGGAAGACACAAAACUAUGACUGGCUUUUCAUAUCUCUGUGGUUCUGAAAGUGGGAUUGAGAUCCCUGGAGGCUCACAACUUUCCGUGGACCAUGAAGUAGGGACCACAGACACUAUAAACCUCCCAGAGGAGAGGGAUAGUGAAAGUGAGGUUGCAGUGGUUCGAGAAAGAGCUUUUCAGGAGCCUGGUUUCAAAGAGGCUCCUGAAGCAAUUAAUGUGCCCAGAAAUAGGCAACCCGUUCCUCUCCUGACAAACAAAGAAAACUCUGCAAAAACAAGUCGAGUUGAGUUGAUUCUGGAAUCACCGUUUAAGAGACUAGAGGAAAAGGAAGAAAAAUGUUUCUCUGACUAUGAUUUUUCAGACGGAAACAUUGGUUCUAAUGCAAAAAGCUGGAGAAACAACUCCAGUUCAGAAGAAGAACCCAGUCCUGUUUUGAAAAUUUUGGAAAGGAGUGCUGCUAGGAAAAUGCCUUCCAAAAGUCUGGAAGAUAUUUCAUCAGAUUCAUCAAAUCAAGCCAAAGUAGAUACUCUGCCAGAAGAAUUAGUACGUAGUGCUGAAGAUGAUCAAAAAGCAGAUCAGGAACCAGACACAAAUGAAUGCAUUCCAGGAAUUUCCACAGUGUCUUCACAGCCUGAUAAUCAGUUUCCCCACCCUGACAAACUCAAAAGGAUGAGCAAGUCUGUUCCAGCAUUUCUCCAAGAUGAGAGUGAUGACAGAGAGACAGAUACAGCAUCAGAAGGCAGUUACCAGCUCAGCAGACACAAGAAGAGCCCAAGCUCUUUAACCAAUCUUAGCAGCUCCUCUGGCAUGACGUCCUUGUCUUCUGUCAGCGGCAGUGUGAUGAGUGUUUAUAGUGGAGACUUUGGCAGUCUGGAAGUGAAAGGAAACAUCCAGUUUGCCAUCGACUACGUGGACUCACUGAAGGAGUUGCAUGUCUUUGUGGCCCAGUGUAAAGACUUAGCAGCAGCAGAUAUUAAGAAACAGCGUUCGGACCCAUACGUAAAGACUUACCUAUUACCAGACAAAGGCAAAAUGGGCAAGAAGAAAACACUAGUAGUGAAGAAAACUUUGAAUCCUGUGUAUAAUGAGAUACUGCGGUAUAAAAUCGACAAGCAAACCUUAAAGACACAGAAGCUGAACGUGUCUGUUUGGCAUCGAGAUACAUUUAAGCGCAAUAGUUUUCUAGGGGAAGUGGAACUUGAUUUGGAAACUUGGGACUGGGACAACAAACAGAAUAAACAAUUGAAGUGGUACCCUCUAAAGCGGAAGACAGCACCAGUUCCCCUUGAAGCAGAAAACAGAGGUGAGAUGAAGUUGGCUCUCCAGUAUGUCCCAGAGCCAAUGCCUGGUAAAAAACUUCCUACAACUGGAGAAGUGCACAUCUGGGUGAAGGAAUGCCUCGAUCUACCACUGCUAAGGGGCAGCCAUCUAAAUUCUUUUGUUAAAUGUACCAUCCUUCCAGAUACAAGUAGGAAAAGUCGCCAGAAGACGAGAGCUGUGGGGAAAACCACCAACCCUGUCUUCAACCACACCAUGGUCUAUGAUGGGUUCAGGCCUGAGGAUCUGACUGAAGCCUGUGUAGAGCUUACUGUCUGGGAUCAUUACAAAUUAACCAACCAGUUUCUGGGAGGUCUUCGGAUUGGCUUUGGAACAGGUAAAAGCUAUGGUACUGAAGUGGAUUGGAUGGACUCUACUUCAGAGGAAGUGGCUCUCUGGGAAAAGAUGGUGAAGUCUCCCAACACUUGGAUUGAAGCAAUCCUGCCUCUCCGAACACUGUUGAUUGCCAAGAUUUCCAAGUGAAGCCAAAGUCCAUGGGC